AUGUAUGUGUCUAACUUCAUUCCCAAACUCACUGGGAAAGCAUUUUGCUGUAGAACUUGUUGGUUAAGGCCACAAGACAUGGAGUUCUUCUAUGUUUCUCUCCUUUCCCUCUUUGUUCUCCUUGUCUCUCUUUCCCUUCACUUCCUGUUCUACAAGAGCAAAUCCGGUGGAACCCUCCCACCAGGAAAAACCGGGUGGCCGGUGGUCGGGGAGAGCCUCGAGUUCCUCUCCACCGGGUGGAAAGGCCACCCGGAGAAGUUCAUCUUUGACCGGAUGGUCAAAUACUCUUCCCAAGUAUUCAGAACAUCUCUCCUCGGCGAGCAGGCCGCAGUUUUCUGCGGUGCUGCAGGGAACAAGUUUUUGUUUUCGAACGAGAAUAAACUUGUGCAGGCCUGGUGGCCCAGCUCGGUCAACAAGGUUUUUCCAUCCUCAACACAAACAUCUUCAAAAGAAGAAGCCAUCAAAAUGAGAAAAAUGCUCCCCAAUUUCUUCAAACCCGAAGCUCUGCAACGAUACAUUGGCAUGAUGGACGUUAUUGCCAAUCGACACUUCGCCUCAAGUUGGGAAAACAAUGACCAAGUCGUAGUAUUCCCCCUGUCCAAGCGAUUCACCUUCUGGCUCGCCUGUCGGGUCUUCGUGAGCAUAGAAGAUCCUAACCACGUUGCCAAAUUCGCAGACCCUUUCGACCUCUUGGCUUCCGGGCUUAUAUCAAUCCCGAUAGACUUGCCUGGAACACCGUUUCACCGUGCAAUCAAGGCCUCGAACUUCAUCAGGAAAGAACUUGUGAGGAUUAUUAAGCAGAGAAAGGUCGAUUUGGCCGAGGGCAAGGCGUCGCCGACGCAAGAUAUAUUGUCACACAUGCUUCUGACAAGCGACGAGAACGGCAAGUUCAUGGCUGAAUUGGAUAUUGCUGAUAAGAUUUUGGGGUUAUUGAUCGGAGGCCAUGACACUGCAAGCUCUGCGUGCUGUUUCAUUGUCAAGUAUCUUGCCGAGUUGCCAGAAGUGUACGAGGGAGUCUACAAGGAACAAAUGGAAAUUGCCAAUUCCAAAGCUCCGGGUGAAUUAUUGAAUUGGGAGGAUAUACAGAAAAUGAAAUAUUCAUGGAAUGUGGCCUGUGAAGUGUUGAGACUUGCACCGCCUCUCCAAGGAGCUUUCAGAGAAGCACUCACUGAUUUCAUGUAUAAUGGUUUCUCAAUUCCCAAGGGUUGGAAGAUUUAUUGGAGUGCAAAUUCAACACAUAGAAAUCCCGAGUUCUUCCCCGACCCACUAAAGUUUGAUCCAUCAAGAUUCGAGGGAAGUGGACCUGCUCCGUAUACAUUUGUGCCGUUCGGUGGAGGACCUAGGAUGUGUCCCGGAAAAGAGUAUGCUCGACUGGAAAUACUUGUUUUCAUGCACCACCUCGUGAAAAGGUUCAGGUGGGAGAAACUGAUUCCGGAUGAGAAGAUUGUCGUUAACCCGAUGCCCAUUCCAGAGAAGGGACUUCCGGUUCGCCUCUAUCCUCACAAAGCUUAAUUUGCUGCACUUAUGGCUUCUUCAAUUCUUCAGGAAAUCAAGAUAUACCUAAGCUGAGCAGUGGAUUUGCACUGUAAUAAUAAGAGGCCUUCUUUUAGAUUUGAUGUUUCCUACUUUGGAUGUACAUAAUAUCCAUAAAACUCAAGUUGUAAGCUCUUUAUUGUCGUUUUUUCCUCGUCCAAAGCUUCUUCUGUAGUGGACAAUUAUAAUAAAUUAUUUAAUGCAGUGUGUUUCUUUCGAUGUUUAUUUCCUAUUUCUAUCAAACAGUUACAUGUAUUAUUUC